AUGACUGAAUAUGUUCAAGAUGUGAGCUUCAAAAAAUGCGUUUUGCGAAUGAGAACACGAAACAAACAAAAGAUAAAAGAUGAUGAAGCGUUGCUUUCGCUGCUUUCGACUAUCACUCACUCAGUUCUUGAGAUGUCUGCCAGCUCUUCAGCUACUAACAGCAAGCAGCGCCUAAAGGCAGCUCAGACCCAGCAAACACAAGCAGAAAAGGACUUCGAAAACUGCGAAGACUGCCGUAGAGCCAACAAACACGCUGUCCCACCCAUGUACUUCACCUGUCCGAAGCACGUUAUGGUGCUCGUCUGCCCCAUCUGCAUGGAUCACAAGUGCAACUACCAUUCUCCUCAAAACUGUCCAGCACUCCGAAAUGGAAAAGUGCCAGCGAAGAAUCCGGAGGUCAUUUUCGUGCACAAAGAGCUCAAGAGGAACUGACCCUUAUCACAGCAAUUCCACAAAGAGAUUCGAACAGUAAGACAAGCAGAAAAGCUUUUAUGAGGCUCCGGAUACGUGUCGAUUAAUAUUUCGAAUUCUAAAUAUUUUCUGAAGAUCACAAUUAUUUGUUCGAGGUUCGAUUGCUAGCAGG